CGGCGCGCCGCCAGUGCGCAGGCGCGGCGGCCGAUGCGAGUGUGUAUGUGCGGGCGAGAAGAUGGCGGCGGCGGGGGAAGCAGCGUGAGCCGCCGGGCCGCGCCGAGUCCCAUUCAAACGGGCCGCCAUGGCCCUCCGCAGCCCGCAGUAUAUUUUUGGAGACUUUAGUCCUGAUGAAUUCAAUCAGUUCUUUGUGACUCCUCGCUCUUCCGUUGAGCUUCCUCCCUACGGUGGAGCAGUGCUGUGUGACGGCCGGGCUGCGGAGGAACCACCCGAUGGACAAGACUAUCAGAGAAUUGAGUUUGGAGUCAAUGAGGUCAUCGAGCCCAGCGCCGCUCUGCCGAGAGCCCCCGGCUGCGGUGUUUCCAGCACGCUGAACCCUCAGGCUCCCGAGUUCAUUCUUGGGUGUCCGGCUUCCAGCAAGACCCUUGAGGGCACAGACAAGGAAGCCAGCCACAGCACUGUCGACUGCCAGCACCCAGGCCCUGCCCCAGCCUUGGGUCAUGGUUCUCACGUGGAGGCAGACGCCUCAGAGAACGAUGGCGGCCCGGGCGGUCUUGGACAGAGGGAGCGGAAAAAGAAGAAGAAGCGGCCCCCUGGCUAUUACAGUUACUUGAGGGAUGGCGGUGAUGACAGUAUUCCCACGGGAGCCCUGCUCAAUGGCCACGCCAACUCCACGCCCCCGAACAGCGUGGGCACGGAGGACGCGGAGUUCCUGGACGACAUGCUCCCGUGCGUCCCGUCCAGGACUUGUCACAGCCCGCGGGACUCCACGGACUCUGUCAGUGACACUGUGCUGGACGGCGAGCCCAGGACUGCAGGGCAGCCCGAGGGGGUCCAGGGGACUGAGGUGGAGCAGUCUUGUCUCCCGGUGGAGACUGGCCGAGAAGGCCUGUUAAGGACAGCGGUGGUUCAGCCCCACGUUGGUACCGAUACUACUGAAAACCUUGGAGUUGCUAAUGGACAAAUACUUGAAUCCUCGGGGGAGGUCCCAGCUGCCAACGGGGUGGAGGUGCACACUGUGGGGGACACAGACUCGGACACAGCCAAACCCGAGAGCGCCUCCCUCCCUGCCGACUGCGCCGUGUCUGCGGCAGGCGCCACUGCUGUCAGCCAGCCCGCCAAGUCCUGGGCCAGCCUCUUUCACGACUCUAAGCCCUCGCCCUCCUCGCCUGUGGCCUAUGUGGAAACCAAGUAUUCCCCUCCUGCCACGUCCCCCCUGGUGUCCGAAAAGCAGGUGGAAGUCAAAGAGGGGGUGGUUCCGGCAUCCGAGGACCCCGCAGCCAUGAGGAUCGCAGAGUUACUGGAGAAUGUGACGCUGAUCCAUAAGCCAGUGUCGCUGCAGCCUCGCGGGCUGAUCAAUAAAGGAAACUGGUGCUACAUUAAUGCUACGCUGCAGGCCCUGGUUGCGUGCCCGCCCAUGUAUCACCUGAUGAAGUUCCUUCCUCUGUACUCGAAGGCGCAGAGGCCUUGCACGUCCACACCCAUGAUAGACAGCUUUGUUCGGCUGAUGAACGAGUUUACCAAUAUGCCGGUGCCUCCAAAACCCCGACAAGCUCUUGGGGAUAAAAUCGUGAGGGACAUCCGCCCUGGAGCUGCCUUUGAACCCACGUACAUCUAUCGACUCCUCACCGUCAUCAAGUCCAGCCUGUCGGAAAAGGGCCGGCAGGAGGACGCGGAGGAGUACCUGGGCUUCAUCCUCAACGGGCUGCACGAGGAGAUGCUGGGCCUCAAGAAGCUGCUGGCGGCGCACGGCGAGCAGCUGGCCAUUCCCAAUGGGCCCAGAAGCCGCCCCGGGACCCAGGAGCAGGAGGAAGAAGGCGAAGGCAGUGAGGAGGAGUGGGAGCAGGUGGGCCCCAGGAACAAGACCUCGGUCACCCGGCAGGCCGACUUUGUUCAGACGCCCAUCACCUGCAUUUUCGGUGGACACAUCAGGUCUGUGGUUUACCAGCAGAGUUCGAAAGAAUCGGCCACUCUGCAGCCCUUCUUCACGCUGCAGCUGGACAUCCAGUCCGACAAGAUACGCACAGUCCAGGACGCCCUGGAGAGCCUGGUGGCCAGGGAGUCUGUCCAAGGGUACACCACAAAAACCAAACAAGAGGUGGAGAUAAGUCGGAGAGUGACUCUGGAGAAGCUCCCGCCUGUUCUCGUGCUGCACCUGAAACGAUUUGUGUACGAGAAGACGGGUGGCUGUCAGAAGCUGAUCAAAAAUAUUGACUAUCCUGUGGACUUGGAGAUCAGUAAAGAACUGCUUUCUCCAGGGGUUAAAAACAAGAAUUUUAAAUGCCACAGAACCUAUAGGCUGUUUGCAGUGGUCUACCAUCAUGGCAACAGCGCGACGGGCGGUCAUUACACCACCGAUGUCUUCCAGAUUGGGCUGAACGGCUGGCUGCGCAUCGAUGACCAGUCGGUCAGGGUGAUUACCCAGUACCAGGUGGUGAAGCCAGCCGCCGAGCGCACGGCCUACCUCCUGUACUACCGCCGCGUGGACCUGCUGUAACCCUGCGUGUGCUGUGUGUGCCCAACGCCCGCUUUGUAGAACACCAGUUCUCACCAACUGCCUGCCUCUCUUUAGUGGCUCUUUAAAAGAAAAAACCUCGCUCCCUUUUGCAGAAAUGGGCUGGGAAAAAGAGGAGACGCCUCGGGGUUUUGUGCAACAUAGUUUAUGUCGACUUCUAACUUCCAAAUCAAAAUCGUGUGGUGGAGACAGACUUGCCUGGUCCAGACACACACACACACACACACACACACACACACCUGACUUGUGAAGCAGUGCUGGUUCCUGCCAUGAGAAGGGGGCUCGCUGUGCUCUCCAGUCCGUGCACCAGCAGCAACACUUGUAAAUUUGUGAAAAUGAAUUUUAUCUUUCCUUAAAAAAUAAAUUUUUUAAUCCAUCACACUUUCCCUCCUCACCCUUUAGUUUUUGAUAAAUGAUAAAAAUGAGCCAGCUAUCAGAGAAGAAAUAGUUCUCACUUCAGAAGAUGAACAAACAGAAAAGCAGUUGCUGGCUCCUGACGGGAGAAGCACCUUUAACAGCUGGGCGACGAGAACCUGCUCCCGUAACACGCAGCCCGCACGCGUGGGGCCCGGUGUCGGUCUCCGUAGAUGGGUGACUGUGACUUUAUUGCCAUUAACAGAUUUCCAGUUGCGUUCUUCUGUGUACACGUGAUGAACAGUGGGCAACGUAACGAGGCGGACGUCCUGGGUCUGCUGUGUUCACUCUGCUGUCUCCAUAACGCUGCGUCCCUGCCUGUACACAGUUCAGUGAUAUCUGCCAGUAUGAAGUUGUCGCCCAUCAAUAAAAAAUCACAACGGUGGUUUCAA